AUGCAGCACGCUCUACUCCUCCUCCCACUCCUCCUCCUCCUUACAGUCGCAGCGGCGUCUGACGGCACCCCGCCACCGGCGCUCGUCUCGUUCACUGUCGAUGAAGCGGUGGUGGGCUCGACCUCGGUCUCGGUGAGCGGCACCACGUGCACCUUUACCUUCGAUACCCGACCAGCCAACACACCAAACCCGCCGCCGCCGAGCCCGCCGCCGCCAGCGACUGGCGAGGCCGAGCCGGUGGCCAAGAUCAUGGCCAUGCUCGUUGCUGAGCUGCCCAAGUCACCGUGCCUGGUCCACACCGAUGGACUCGGCUACACGUACGAGGUGUGCGCAGGCCGCGGCGGGCGGAUCACACAGACCGGACUAGGCGAGAACAACGUGGUUGGCGUCUUUAAGGGUCCUGGUGGGCCCAUCGGCGCCACGGUCCUCUACGACGGCGGCGAUCGAUGCUUUGACACGGGUGCCCCACGCAUCGCCUUUCUGCACUUUGUCUGCCCCACGGCCGUCCCGCCACAGCUCGCGCUGCCGGCCGGCGCCGAGCUCCCGACCAUCGUCUCUGUCGCCGAGCUUGCCAAGUGCGAGUACUCGUUUUUCAUCGCCUCGGAGACGGUGUGCGGCGACGACCGCUUCGACGCACAGCCAACGACCGGCGUGACUGAGGCCAAGCGGACGCAGCAGCGCACCGCGACACCGGGCCAGAGCUCCCGCACUGCUUCGCGUUGGGUCCUGGAGAUCUCGCCGGUGGCCGAUGCCGCUGGCUCGCGACCCGCCCCGCUCGCACUCACCUCGUUUGCGCUCUCCUUCGAUCCGCCGUCGUCGCCGCUCGCCGCCCGGGUCCGCGCCGCCGACUACCGGCGACUGGAUGUUGACCAGCCCGAUUGGAUUGCGGUCGAUGGAAGCGUGGCGACCACGGCUGCUUUUGAAGUUCUUUCGCCGGCCCAACGUCCGGUCGUCGUCGCCGUCUCGGCCAUCGCCAGGCGUGAGAGUUUGCAGUGA